AGCGUGGCGAGGGGUAUAUGAAGCGUAAUCCCUGAAUAGUGGUCAGCUUUCAGAUCGUGAUCUAAACGUGACAUUUCAAUAUUACAGUGCUUUUGGAUAUAAUUUUGUGUAUUUAUUGUGUUUUCAACAUGGCGUGUCUCUUGCCGAAGCCACAGCGCGGACGCCGAUCAAUCUUACGGAAUACUUUUGAUGAAGAUUGUUUAGUAAAAACCUUGACCUACGAAGAUUUGGAUAUGUUGAAUGACACCGGCUUUCACGAGAGUUCUUCACCGUUUUCAGACGAAAUUCACACUGAUUAUUUGGAUUUUGACUGUUCUGUUAGAUCGCCAGUGUUUUCUCCUAAACCUUGUCGUCGAAUCACUAGAUCUAGGAAAUUAUCACCGUUGGUUUUGAAUACAAAGUUUGAUCCCGAAACCGAUGACGAACAAGUGCCCGUUCGAAUGGACAUCCCAGACAUUCCACCAACACCGACAUCAAAUUCAAACUCACCGCCUCACAGACGUCUCAGAGCACUUCGUCUCUUUGACACCCCCCACACCCCGAAAUCAUUAUUAGAAAAAGCCCAAAGACAGAAAUUUAAAGACAGAAAAAUCAGAUCCGAGAAGAAAGCCAACCGAAUUGAGAAAGUUGAAGCAAAUGUCAAUCCAUUUACACCAGUAAACAACCGAGUAAUUGGUCUUGUCGGUGGUAAAAGAAACCGAACCGAUAUGGUCAAGUCUGUUUUAGAUGAUUCUACAGAUGAAGAUGAUGAUUUACCAUCAUCCAAGAAAAUCGCUCUACAUGAGAUUAACACAUCUCGUUAUAAUGAAGAAUUCUAUGAAAUGUGUAAAUUGGGUGAUGGUGAAUAUGGAAGUGUACAUAAAUGUGUUCAUAGAUUAGAUGGGUGUAUUUACGCCAUUAAGAAAUCUAAAACACCAGUUGCUGGAAGUGUUUAUGAACGUAAUGCUAUGAAUGAAGUAUAUGCCCAUGCUGUAUUAGGUAAACAUGCCCAUGUUGUACGAUAUUUCUCCGCCUGGGCAGAAGAUGAUCAUAUGUACAUACAGAAUGAAUAUUGUAACGGAGGUAGUUUAGCAGAAAUUGUAGAAGAUAAUAAAAGAACUGGUGGUCAAAUUAUGGAAUCGGAAUUAAAACAGAUUUUAUAUCAAGUAGCUUUAGGUGUUAAAUAUAUUCAUUCACAGAAUCUAGUUCAUUUAGAUAUUAAACCAGGAAAUAUAUUUAUUCAUCGCAACCCACGUCUUCUUGCAUCACCCGAAUCUGGUGUUGAAUCUUGUGAAGAGGAAGAAGAGUGUGAAGAAGCUGUUACAUAUAAAAUCGGUGAUUUAGGUCAUGUGACAUCAUUAGCCAAUCCUGUGGUAGAAGAAGGUGAUUGUAGAUAUUUACCGAGAGAAAUCCUAAAUGAAAAUUACGAACAGCUAACCAAGAGUGAUAUUUUCUCGCUGGCUCUCUCCAUCUACGAAGCUGCUUCUUCCCAACAUUUACCCAAAAAUGGUGAAGACUGGCAUUUAAUACGUGAUGGUUAUCUCCCUUCUUUACCUGGUUAUUCCAAGGAGUUUCAUUCUUUAUUAAAGAGUAUGAUUCACCCCGAUCCUAAAGAACGACCAUCAGCUCUAGCCGUCGUCCAGCACCCAUAUUUAUGUCCACAGUUGAAGAAAACCAAAGCCCAACUACGUAAAGAAUUAAAUGAAGAAAGAUUCAAAAACCAAAUAUUAUCUAGACAAUUGAUAGAAGCUACACAGUUCCGAGUUGAAACCACACCCCUGGCACAAUACCGUCCAACGGGACUAGUCCGACCAUUCCAGUCAGAAACGACCACAUCAUCGACAGAGAACACAUCCCGGUCACGACGAUUAGUAGGAGGAAGGAUGAAGCGUAGUCUGAGUUUAUCUACGUUUUAGGUUGUGUGUGGUGUUGUUGUUGUUGGUGGUUUCGACACCCCCCUUAGGCUGUGACAGUGCAAAGACUUAUUAUUGUUAUAUAUGUGACUCUUCUCGUAGUUGGUGCUUCUCGUUUUGUGAUGUUAUCAAGUAAUAACGGAUAGUUGUUAAGAGAGUUAUAAAUCAAAAAUUGUGAUCGCUAUGUAACCAUUUUCCAACUCCAGGAUAAUUACGAGCAAGAAAAGAUUAAUUCCCUUGCUGCAGUUAUCAAAAUUCGUUUGUGAUAUUAAUUUUGUUUUUCUUUCAUUAUUUGUCUGAAUGCCAGACGUAUAUUUGUGCUAAAUAAUGUUUUUGUAUAAUGUACAUCAAUGGAUAGAUUAUUUCCAUAAUUCCUCUAAUUAGAUAUUAAUUAAAUGAGUUAUGGAAAAAUUAAUUAAAUUUUGUAUAAUUAAUCAUGUACAAAUUAACUUAUAAAAUUGCUUUUUUUUUUUGCUUUUCCAAUUUUUUUUUCUUUUGUAAAUAAUUGUAGGAUAUAUAUCGAUAUAUAACGUAGAAUCAUAUAUUCUUUUUUUUUUUUUGUCUACUCUCGCCAAUGGUCAUAAUUUCUGACCAAAACACUGAUGGUGCUAUGGGCUUUGUAAUAAUUAUGGUGCAAAAUUUGCUAAACCGUUGUUAAAAUAUCAUUAUGUUAAAAUUUUCUUUUGUCAAAAUGUAAAACUCUUGUUAUGUAAAAAUGGAUGUAAAUUUUGUACAUUUUGAAGAACAGACCUGAAUAAAACAGAAAAUAAUAAA